UAUAAACCACCUUUAUAUAGGUACCUAUAACUGUGAUAUAUCAUCCAAACACCCCCUAUAAACAAACCAUCAUCAUCACUAGCCAACAGUUUCAUCAUUCAACCUCUACCAAGUUUAUAUUCCGAACAAUGUCUUCUUCUUCAUCAACAACAACAGACAACUCCUCCUCUUCCACCAGUGACUCCAAUCCUUCACUCCUCGGUGGACAUGCCAAGUACGUCCAAGGCGCCGUAUCAUCAGCACUAGGCUAUCCCAGCGGCGAACAAAUCAAGGACGAAGCGGUUCAGGAGAUGAAAGCCGCACAUUCAUCAUCAGAUUCUGGUCCCCCUACCAAAUCGAGUCUGUUGGGAACAGUCGAAAGUGCCGCUGGAUCUAUCACGGGGUGCGAAGGUAUGCAGGCAGAUGGUCAGAAUAGAUUGCCUCAUGGUGCGGGAUUGGAGGAGACGAGUGGGACGGGAUAGGUAGUUCGUUUGGCUGGUUCAGAACUCAAGAAUUCAGAAAUCAGAAGAGGAAGUUUUGACUCUUUGCUCUUUUCAUUCCAG